AUGAAGAUUUUCUCAGUUCUGUUAUGUUCUCUACUCAUUCUAGGAGAAGUCAGUUCGUUUCCUUCUCCACUUCGGACCAAAGCUACAGUAGGUCAUUCAUUCUCUUAGUCUGUGUUUUUCUCAAAAAACAACUUUUAGCCAAACCCUCGUCUCGAAGCUCUCUUCUCUCGUCACUUGCAGGAUCCGAUUCCAAAGUCCCAGGUAAGUUACCGUGAAUACUGUGAUAGAAGAGCAUUCCGAUAUUGUUCAUUCAAAGCGAUGUAUCUCAGCUGUUUGUAAAGAUAUCAGAAAGUUCUCAACUGAUAAACUGUGAACAAUGUCUUUCUAAGCAAUUUAUUAGUUGACAACUUUUUCAUAUCUCUACCGGCAGCUGACAUAUAUAAUUCUAAAUGAACGGCAACUAUGAGGACGUGUUCCCAAAGUGAGGAUCAGCGGCAUUUCAUUUUUAUCCUCUUUUCAGAUACUUCCAGAAAUUCGAGCUUCCAGAACUGCAACAGACUUUUUCGGGGUGAGUCUGUUCUGUACAUCCAUCCCUCAACCACUCUAUUUCCUUCCAGAACUGUAGUCCCAAUUACAUUUUGUGUCCGCGGGACUCUGUGUGCAUUCGCUCAAUGUACGUUUGCGACGGAUUCGAAGACUGUCCGAGCGGUUCGGACGAGAGAUAUUGUGGAGGGAACGAGGAGGAGAGACGGACGGCGAUGGCGGCGAAGCAAGAGUUCAGAGCCAUCAUGGAGAGGAGCGCCGCCCGUUAUUUGAACGGCCCGAUGGAGGCCGACAGAGCGUACGUCGUCCUCAACUUGUCCAUUUUCGUAGUCGUCGUUCUUUGCCUGUUCACUUCGUGUACCACCUUCUGUGCCAUCCAGGUGUGCAAACGUCGUUCUUCUUCUUUGAAGUCUUACCAAUGA